AUGUGUCGAUGCAGAGACAGAUUAUAUUACUCAAAAGAAAUGGAGCUGGACUGGAUUACAGGCUUAGAAGUCAGAGAUGCAUUCAUUGACAGGCUAAUUUUCAUGGCAGAGUUCCCGGAUGAUGACUAUAUUGUAACGUCGAAAGAUGAAGCUUUAGUUCAUGCAGAUGUUAUUGCUGCACUCAGUGAGGAAGCAAAAUAUCUAGAGCAAAAAAUAACUUCGUGCCAGGAAACUAACCUAAGUGAAAAAGAAAUUGAAGAUAAAGAAGUUCGCGUAAAAAAGAGAAGAUUUGAUUCGAUAUUAAAGGAAUCCUUACAGGCAGUACUUUUGCCGCAAGAGUCUAAAGUAGAACGACUAAAACCGGGUAUUUCUGGACAAGAAGUGCCAGAGAAAAAAAGAAGACUUGAAUCGACGAUAUACGGACAUUCGUAUGCAAUCAAUAUGCCUACAGAGUCUGAAGUAGGACAAGAGCCAACCACGUCCUAUCGAACUGAUCAUUCAGUUGAGGAUAUAGAGGACUACAAGACCCAACUUGAAAAGAUCAAGACACUUAUUUCAGUUCACAGAGAGAAAAUGGCUUACAUUGAUAGUAAAAUUGAUAUACAGAAGCGGUUAGUAAAACUUUACCGGGAGAAUUGUGUUAAAGUACCUGCUUUACCUGUACAACCAGAAGAGAAUCAAAAGGAUGUCGGCGACGUGUACGUUGAACCUUGGAUGACCAUUAUAGAGGAAGAUGACCCGUCAAGAAAGACCAGUGAAGUGAGGGAGAGAGAAAUCUCGUCAUUUUUUGAAGUCUUCCAGGAAGGCAAUAACCCUAUCAAAACUGUUUAUGUUCUUGGCGAAGCGGGCACAGGAAAAAGUACGUUUUGUAAAAGUUUGGUGCAUAAAUGGUGCAAAGUGCAUACAGAUGGGGGAUAUUACACAGGUGAGGACAAACGAAUCAUAAAAAGGUUCGAAUUCUUGUUUUUUAUUUUACUCCGUCACCAUUUAGACAAGCAAACUAUUGAAAUGAUGCUAGACAGCCAAUUUCGUCAUCCUGUAUUACAGAAAAUACUGGAUAUUGAAUCAGAUAAAUGCCUUAUUUUACUUGAUGGCCUUGAUGAAUGGAUUCCAAAAUCGUUAUCUCAUUCACAGAUCGAAAUAAAAGGAUUACCAGCUAGGGAUAACGCUAAGGACUACACCGUCGUUACAACAUCUAGGCCGUGGAAAAUUGGGUUACUUGAAAUGAAAACAAAUGAAAUACACAAGAAAGUAAUGCUUCGUGGGAUUGACAGAAGUGCAACAAAGAUACUCAUAGAGAAAACAAUCAAACUGCUGAAUGCAACUUUUGAAGAGGACAGAAGUCCGGAAAAAUUUAUCAAAUACUUAAAAACGAGUCCUUUGUCAGACAUACGGCAUAUCCCCAUAUUAUUAGAGCAGUUGAUUUGCCUAUGGUAUGAAAACAAUGACUUAUCAAAAUCUUCCAGGUGUACUUUAUAUAAUGGUAUGCUAGAACUUCCGUUCAAAUGGUUUGAUCAGAGACAGCGCGAGAAACUUGAGUCUAAUCAUGGAUCAGAGAUAAAGGGUCGAUCAGAGACAAAGGAUCUUCUGUCUUUGCAAAGUCCACAUGAAUUAGAUAAAGACAGAAUAUACCCUGAUUACAGGAAUACAAUAGAUAAUGCAUCAAAGUUAGCGUUUGAGUUACUGUUCAAACAACGACAAGAAAACACCCUUUCAUUCGAUAUCCAAACUUGUAAACGUCUGCAAAUACCAUUGGAUGUCAUAAAGGUCUGUGUAAAUAUUGGAAUUCUCUCUGAAGACAAAACUAUUGGUUUUACUUCUGGUGGACAGAUUGAGUCGUCGUUUUCUUUUGUUCAUAAAUCAAUCCAAGAAUUUCUUACAGCUGUACAUAUUGCCGAUAUUUUUAAAACGUGGUCACUACCUGCGUCAGAACGGGAGGAAACAAUGCCUUCACGACCCAUGCCAGUAGAAGAGUAUUCGACGUCACUAAGUCAUAUAUCGGAACUUGAUGAUACAGCGUAUCAACGUCCUGUAUCAGAGAAGGACAUAGCACCUCAACACCCUGCGUCAGGGAUGCAAAAUAUAACGAAUCAACAUAUAAGUUCAGAGCGAGACGAUAUUGCGUUUCCACAUCCAAAUUCACAACUGGAGAGGAUAUCAUCUCUGCAUAAUGUCUCGGAGAGAGAUGAUAUAAUGUCUCCGCAAACUGGUUCGAAGCGAGAGAAUAUAACGUCUCCACAUUCAAUUUCUCUAAGGGGUGAUAUGUCGUCUAUAUAUACUCGUUCGGAAGGAAAUGAUACAGUGUCUUCACAUCCUCGUUCAAAGAGAGAAGUUAUGUCGGAGCGGGAAUAUGCAGGGUGGCCAGAUGUUUGCGAAUACUUCAUACAAAAGUAUUGUGCUCGAAUCAAAACCAUUGAAAACAUUUUAGAGAUGGCAAAUGUCUUCGUGUUUUUGUCUGGGCUACAGCCAAGACUUGCUACGUGUAUUUCAAAAUAUAUAUACAAUAUUGUUAACCGAAGCACGCUGGUAGUUCAGCACAGAAAGACAUUAGAUAACUGUAAGUUUUUAUAUGAUAUUCAAAGAUGUAUAUCCGCUUGUUGCGACGAAGCAAACUCAGAUAUCUAUUUGGGAGAUUGUUUUUUUGAUGAUAUGGAAUCAGUUUUGCCAAGUCUGAAUAGUAACACUUUACAGCAUGUAAUUCCUGACAGUAUUGAAUCUUUGUCUGUUUCAUUUUCUCGGGCUUGUCCGUUAUUUAGAGGGCGUUCUAAAUGUGAUAUCUGCAGAUUACUGACUCAUUUCUCAUCAUGUCGUAGAUUGACAAAGCUAGAGCUUAAUGACAAAAGAUUGCAAACAGACGAUGGACAUAUACAGCUGGUUAAAGAAAUACUAGAGACGAAUUUACAAAGUUUACAGACGGUUUCAGUGGACUAUAUCUUGGGAGUAAAGUUUUGCUUGAAAGGUAUGGAAUCAUUUAAACCUUUGAUAGCAUCUAUUCCAAAUUUGAAUCAGCUGACCUCGUUAAGAGUGCACGGUAUCAACCUGCCACACGAUCAGUGUGACAUUCUUAAAUCAUAUCUAGCAGACCAGGUUCUAUUACAAGAGUUAUCUCUCGAUGUAGAGUGUGAGGAUAAAGAUGACCACGAGAUCGAUAUGUCAACGCACAACACUCUUCAGUAUCUGGAAAUUGGAGACGGUUUUACAGUAAAGAAUGUUUACACAGAGCAUGAUAUGACAGUGAAGUUUAAGAUUAAAUGGGCAGAUGAUUCGUCCAUCAACCUACUGUUUCGUAUUCUGGAAUCGGUCAAACUGAAAUAUGUCAGUUUAUGGGGAAACCGUGAUGAUUUUUCCAUAUCUCAAUUUGUUACGCAUAAACUGCGUUCACUCUUUGCAAUGUCGAACUAUCUCUGUGCUAUCGAACUAGACAGUCUUGAAAUAACUGACAAUAUCCUUACACUCCCAUUUCGAUUGUUCAGUCUCAAACGUAUUGAUCUUUCUGUGGUCACUAUGACAAUGGAGACGUGGAGAGAAUUUAUUGGCAGCCUUCAUAGAAUACCAAAUAUAGUUCAUGUGAAAGCGCUAGGUUUGGUAAUAAAAAAUGAUGAAACUUUUAUGCUAUAUGUGAGAACGUCAGAAUGUCCCAAGUUCGAGAAAGCUCGUAUGUAUGUUAGGGUCAGACAUAAAUUUCAUGUCACAAGGGAUGACGAUUAUCAGUUUGAAUUUUCCACGAAUAAAAUUGAUAAGUACUGGUGAUUAGCAACAUGAGAGAUUGUGUUAUCCAGAACACAUAAGACUGUGUCAUUUCAUUAACUAAUUUAGUUGCUUGUAUGUUUACUUCUUUUAUUCUACACUUACAUUUCGUUUCGGAUGCAGAUAUAUAGGAACAUUAUAACGUAAAUUGGCACUUUUAGUUCUGACAUAGAAUAUACAGUUCAAGCAGACUAGAUUUGGUUCAAGUUUGUUUUCUUUAACGGUCUACAGAGGAGAAGUAUUUGAAAUUUUAGAUAUCUGCAACGUGUGAAAAUAUCCGAUAUUAUGUUCUUAGAUCUUUUAUAUGUUUUGUUAAAAUGAAAUGAAUUGUAUAGCUCUGUGUUAAGUUGGACAGUUACUUCUUUUCAGCAAAGUAUACAAACAGCAUAUUUUUCUUUUGUGAUAUACUGCAAACGGUUUUAAAUCUAAACAAAAAAUGGUUUUGUUUUUAUAAAGAGUAUACUGUUUCUGGAGGUUAGUACCUGGCGACUUUGUAACAUAGAUUAUAAAGCCUCUUAAUUCUGAAGAAAAACAAAGGUGUACAGAAACAUGCUCGAAAUUGGCUCUGACUAAAUUUUCUAAACAUUCAUUUUUAUUCUGGUCUUCGUAGCCAUUACAACAAUGUAUCUUGAUUGCAUAUGAUAUACAAUUACAUGACGCAAAAGAUUACUUGCCUUGUGCUUCUCCAGGAAAAAUCGUUAUAUUUUACUCAAUAGUUAUUUCCGUGAUAUGAUGAUUUACAAACAUCAAGGCAUCGAUUUAAUCCUGAAAUUAUUGUAGCCAAUAUCACUGCCACUGGUAACAAACAAAACUGAAAAUAAGAAAAUAACAAUUCAGAAUAUAUGCGAAUGUUUAUUCCAAUCCUUUUUAUAACCUGUACUAGUUACAUUGUUAUAUGUGUUAUUUUGUUUAUCUUUCUGACCUGGCGCAAGUACAUUCUUGUUUAGAUUUUUAGAUGUGGUUUUUAAAAUGGUGUUAUUAUAUUCAAAUGUACGGUGUUCCGUUUGGACAUUCGUGACUUUUGAUUUAAUACUAAACCGCGAUGCACGAUGGUACGAUGACGAAAACGCGAUGGCGCGAUGGCACCAUGAUGAAACAACGAUGGGUCGAUGGUGAAAACGCGAUGACACGAUGAUGAAAUCGCGAUGGUGCGAUGAUACGAUGGUGAAAUGUCGAUGUAAUAUCGCGUUUUCAUCAUCGUACCAUCGCGUUUUCACCAUCGUAUCAUCGCGUUUUCAUCAUCGUACCAUCGCGUUAUCACCAUCGUACCAUCGCGUUUUCACCAUCGUACCAUCGCGUUUUCACCAUCGUACCAUCGCCUUCCGGUGGUCAUGUGCAGUGAUACAGUAUAUGUGUCAGUAAAAUACAGGCUUUAUACAAUCUCAUUUUUACCUUCUACAUCUUAAAAAGAAUAAGCUGAAUUUGAAUAAUACCAUGUGAUUAUUACACCCAGCUUUUUAUUUACUUUCAUGCAUACAUAAAAUACAAAGGACGUGGCCUUGAAGAUUUUACAGUUUUAAUGAACUGAGCACUGAACAUUUUGUAAAACAUUUUGCAAAACAGCAUAAUCUAAAUGGUAAAUUUCUUCUCACAGUAUACACUGAGAUACAUUCAUCUAUUGUUGACAAAAUACAAGUGUACGGGUCUACGCAUUUCAAACCGGAAGGCGAUGGUACGAUGGUGAAAACGUGAUGGUACGAUGGUGAAAACGCGAUGGCACGAUGGUGAAAUCACGAUGGUACGAUGACGAUAACGCGAUGGCACGAUGGUGAAAAUGCGAUGGUACGAUGGUGAAAUCGCGAUGGUACGAUGGUGAAACAACGAUGGUACGAUGAUGAUAACGCGAUGGUACGAUGGUGAAAACGCGAUGGCACGAUGGUACGAUGAUGAAAACGCGAUGACACGAUGUCGACAUUUCACCAUCGUAUUAUCGCACCAUCGCGAUUUCAUCAUCGUGUCAUCGCGUUUUCACCAUCGUACCAUCGUUGUUUUAUCAUCGUGCCAUCGCGUUUUCGUCAUCGUACCAUCGUGCAUCGCGGUUUAGUAUUAAAUAAAAAAAGGUCACGAUUGUCCAAACGGAAAACCGUACAAAUGCGUUUAUAAUGGUUUGCGAGCAGAAAUGUAUAAAAACAUAAAGCAGUGUCUUGUGUGUGUUCAUUUUUGCCAUUUUGUAAUGUAGAUAAUGUAAUGCUGUGAAGUAUAUGACUGUGUAUUACACUGUUGAUAUAUAAUCAUUUUAAAGUAAUACUUAGAUAUUUACCAUUUAAUCAAUGUCUUUUAUCAAACUUCUAUAAAAUUGUACAAUCAUUUCGAAAAUGCCAAUGUAAAUGACAUUUUGACAUUAGAGCAAAAUCGAAUUAUAUAUGAUAUAUAUUAUAUGCCAAUGUAAAUGACAUUUUGACAUCAGAGCAAAAUCGAAUUAUAUAUGAUAUAUAUUAUUAUGAUAUUAUGUAGAAAAGGAUACAAGAAUUUUUACUUCAAAAUGAUUUUGUUGCGACACUAGGUAUAAAUUUUAGUAAAAUGAUGAUUUUGUUUGGGUAAAUGUAUUUGAUAUCAUGUUUAACAGGCACGUUUUCAAUUCGAUAAAUUUAAAGCAUACCUUACAGUUCUCUCUAUUAUUCUUUUUUUGUCGGUAAUUUUAUGGUAAAAUAUCAACUUGACCAAGUUUUCUAAUAUAUUCUUUUUGUACCUUUCUCAGACCUUCCUUUUUUCAAUGGCUCAGGAAUAUUAAAAUAGCCGUAAAGUUAGUCAUUGUAAUGUUAUGUACAAUGUAUAUUCUUUUCUAGUAGCAGUAGUUGAUAUAUAACUGAUUGCCUUUAUGUUUAUUUACAAUACUUAACAAAAUUGUUACUGAUUUCGUCAUAAGUUGAAAUAUAACUUAAUUGGAAAAAGUGUUGUUUCGUUAUACUUCACAGUAAAAAGGCGUUUCGAAAUGUAAAUAACAUCAAAUAAAGCCCAUACACAAUUUUCAUGUACAAACAGUUAUUUCUCUGUAGACGAGAGGUAGCGCAGUCCGUUUUCGGAUAUGAUGUACUUUUUCGACGUCAGUUCAAUUUUCAAGUCCGUGAUGCUUUAUUUUUAAUUUUUUAUAUAGUUUGCUACGGAAAUAAAAGAGGUUAAUUAAUUUAGAUUCAAAUAUUUCACACAUUAAAACCAAUUCUCUGUAAGAACCAAAAAAUGUUGGAAACUCGUAGUCACAGAUUUCCUUUAAGACGUAUCAGUUUAAUUUUACAUGAUGGACUAAAAGACAUUUAAAUCAUUGUGCACAAGAUCUAUACUUAUGAAUAUUUUCAUACAAGGUAGUUAUGCAUUUUAGGCUGCUUAAGAUCAAACUUACUACUUUUGCUUUAGCUGGCUACGUUUUUUUGUGUUGCUUACAGUUUCAUCGGACUUAUUAGUAAUUGUUCUCAUGCUUUUGCUUUCAUUUAUGCAGUUUUGACAAUGACAGUGACAAUCAGUUAUAUGAGCUAAAUAAUGUUUCGAGAAUGUGAAACAGAAUCAACAAAAUUCGCCGGCAUUUCAAGAAGAAAUACAAUGUUACUUUCUUAUAUCCGAUAACGAAGGGAGAAAAUUGUUUUGAAUAAUAUUGCCAAAAGUGUUGAACGUCUGCAGUAUGUCUUGCUUUCAUUUGUUUGUAUGCACAUUAUUUUAUUUGUUUGCUGUGACGGAAAAUACAUAAUCUAUCAAACAUUUCUUUUAUAUUACAUUCAAUACGUUGAAAAUGCGAAAACAAUUCAUCACACUUUUUUUCUGGAAACCCAAACCAUACAUAUUUUGGUUAAUGUAUUUUCAUACAUUUUUAUGUGUAACGUCUCUGUAAUAUAACUGUGAUUUUUCAAAAAAACAAAACUAGUUCAAAUUCAGUAACUUGUACAUAUAUUAAGGUAGAUGCUACCUCUCAGCGAACUGGAUCGUUAGUAUACCACUGAUGUUGAAUUUAUUGAAUCAGCCCGGGAAACUGCUAUGCCUUUAAAUUCUGGUCCUGUUAUAGUAAAGCUGUUAUUCAUGUCAAAUAUGUGUCUGUUUUUGAGACAUAAAUUGCUCUGCAAAGAUUCUAUUGGAACUGUCAUAAAGUUAAAUUGCCUUUAUGGUCGGAUUUUACAAAGUAAGAGACCGGAGUUAUGGCUCUUUGCAUAGAAUUGUUCAUAUAUAAAAUAUGUUCUGGCGAGUCUCUCAAAAGUAUUUGAGCUGAACUAUUGAAACUUCAUAUGAAUGUUAUUCUGUAUGUGAAAUUGUACAAUAUUUUGUUCGGGAUUUCACGCAGUAAUGCCAGAGUUAAGGUCCUUCAUGAGGUAAAAUUAUACAUUAAGGGCCUAAAUGUUUGUUUAACAAGUAUCCCAAACAUGUUUGAUCUGGAGUCGUGAACCUGUACAGGAAUAUUUCUAUGCACCUGAAGUUGUGUACCUGUUGCUUUUUUUAAGAUUUGAAAGUUUACUAAGUCUGACCAGAGUUAUGGCCCUGAAAAUACAUACAAAUUUACAUAAUGAUCUACACAUUUCUGCCGUGUACAUUAACCUAGACUAGAACCGUGUUUAUUUCUUUGUAUAAUUAUCGUCGCCAUAGUGUAUAUUUGCCUUGAGGUAAAGAAGUACUUACCCAGUUUUUGUGCUGGAGUGACAAUAUGAGAUUAUCCAUGGAUAUCGGUUAAAAGCAAAAAGGUUGCCUAAUUUGUUCCAGAUAAGAAGCAUGUUAAGAUCCAUACCAUUCAUUCGAAGAAUGCUAAUUAUCAAAAUUUAUUUUAUGAUCAAUUAAUUAAGCGUUCAGAAUUUGAUCUGUUUGGAAUUGAUUGUAUUGUAAUAUAUUGUAUUUUUACGUGUGAGAUGAAAUAAGGUUUUUGUAUCAACAUUAUGUCAGCAUAUGAAUAUUUUCAUGACUGAAUACUGUACAUGAUGUGUUUGCUGUCUUGUGAACUUUCCAAUAGAAACGAAUCUUUUUUAUAUUUGAGUGUAUACUGCUUUAUUAUGAAAGAAUAUAAGUAAACCAGGUAUUCUAA